CGUCCUAUCAUAAUUGAUACUGUGAAUGAACAGGAUGAAGGGAUCACGACACCUCCAUCCAAGCAGACCACCCCAACCACCAAUCCCUGCAAUUCAAUCAGGGCACUUUAUGACCGGAUGGCAGAAGUGGAGCAGGACUUGAGCUUCAAGAAGUAUGACAUUUUGUACGUUGAUGACACUCUUCCGCAGGGGAACUUUGGCUGCUGGUUGGCGUGGCAGCUGGAUGAAAAUGCCCAAAAGCUGGAAAGGGGACAGAUUCCCAGCAAAUACAUGAUGGAGCAGGAGUUCUACAGGAGGCACAGCAUGUCCGAAGCUAAAGAUGAAAACAGCUCUGCAAAGACAUCAUCGGCAGCAGCUCGGAGGUCGUUCUUUAGGAGGAAGCACAAGCACAAACACAGCGGGUCCAAAGAUGGAAAGGAACUGCUAGCCCUUGACACCAUCAGCACAGACUCCAUCCCUUUUUUGGAUGAUUCUGUAAACCUUGCUUAUCAACGAGUCCAGAAAGUGGACUGCACGUCUCCCAGGCCUGUGCUUAUUCUAGGGCCAUUACUUGAUGCUGUGAAGGACAUGCUAGUCAAGGAAUCUCCAGGAAAAUUUUGUCGGUGUCCUCUAGAGGUGAUGAAAGCUUCUCAACAAGCCAUCGAGCGGGGUGUGAAGGACUGUUUAUUCAUAGAUUAUAAACGUAGGAGUGGACAUUUCGAUGUAACAACUGUUGCCUCAGUAAAGGAGAUAACAGAGAAGGGAUUGUCCAGAGGGCCCCUCUUCCCAUCAUUUGCACUCAGAUCAUGACAACAGUUGAUCAAGAACAAAACAAGGUCCUGUGGAUUCCUUUUUCAUAAGACUCUUGCUGCAAGCAACCUGUUCAGGUUCCCCUACCCCAGUCUUUAUUUUAUCACAUUUAGGUAGUCUAUGUAAUUGGAAGCUUACAUUGCUCAAGCUUUGUUCUUUUGGUGUGUAAUAGCCGUAGAGAUUUUUAUUUAAUUAGAAUUGCAGCCUCUAUUAUUGGGAUAUAACAACGUCUAGUGUGGUCCUGUAACUUGUUAGUUUUGCCAGUGUCGAAAAAUGUGUGUGUUUUGUUUUGUUUUUUAAUUUUUGUUACAAUAUAUUUUCUGAACUAAAAAAAGUCACUAUGAAAACAAUAUUUUUUUAAAGAAACUGAGUAUUGUGUUAAAAUAAAGGUCUAUUUCUAUAACUUGA